AUGGACUUUGAUGCAGCACAGCGAUGUCUGAAGCUAGCAGCAGGCGUCGCAGGUGAAGAAGGUGAUACUCAGGAAACAGAUGGGGAAUCAUACUUGGAUGAACAUCGUGAAUUUCCCAUGACGCAGAUACCGAACGAUUCUAGUGCAAACGUGCUUAUAAGCACACAGAUUCAAAGUAAAUUAGAUGAUAUUGAGCUACAAAACGGUCUACGAAACAGUGUCUCGCAGUUUGCAUUUAAUACACCAACUCUUCCCACACAAGCGCGGAAAACCGCUCCAAAAAGAGAGAAAUCUAAGGCUAAUACUGUACGCAAAGCGCGUACCGGUAAAAAACGCAAAAAAAGCACGGACGCCAUCAAAAGUAUCACUCAAUAUAAUACUGAGAGGUUUGGAGCCAUAAGAGGUCAGCGACGCACGAAGCAUGUAAUGUCGUUAUUAUCAGGCAAGCAUGGCAAGAUAAAAGACAUCGUCGACACUUUGGAAACUGAUACGCGUUCUAUCACGAAGCUUAAAACGGACACUCAGUUUUCAACCUACAAUGCUCAAGAGUGGUCACAUAUUUUACAGCUGCUUAGUUCGCGAUUUCCACGUUGUCCUGAGUCACAAGUAAAGGCAGUCUUUGAUUAUGUAUAUGGUGAAAGUGAUGAAAACCACAUCUGGUAUGCCUCACAGCUGCCGCCACCAGACUCGCAGAACGAAGAAUCUCGGAGCAGUCAUGUUGUUCCCGAUUCACCUCUAGUCUUCACUUUAUCGCAAGCAGUAGAAGAAUGCAACAGCAACGAGCCUCGAAGCAAUGGUAAUUCUCACCACUCUGCCACUAAUAGUCAAACAGAUCCACAAGGAGAUCUUCAAUGUAUCUCAAACACCACUGACGAAUUGGACUCGGAAAUACAUAUUAAUGACGAUAUGGCCCGUGCUUUUAAGGCGCAAAUGCUUCGAUCUGCCACACCAAGCCCAGCUGGAUCGAGUCAGAUACCUAAUAGUGCGGACUCGCCAGAUAUUGUUCAUCGUGAGUUGUCGCCAUUUGAUUUCACGCGACCACCGCGGCUAGCGAAAUCUGAGAGCACAAUUUUGCCUGCUCCAUUACCUAGCACGAAAUUGGAAGAGUCCUUCAAAUCACCAUCAACUGUCUCCUACACUCGUAUCUCCCCUUCAAGGCUCGCUGGUCGAGACCAACUGAUUGACUUAACACAGGAGUCUUUUAAUGUUGUGACUUCGCUCACAUCGGUAAUAAAACACGAUCUUCAAGUUCCUGCAACCAGGACCACUACACUGAACGACAAAGUCAUAUUUUCAAACUCCACGAACAACCAUCUACUCAAUCCCAACAUUCAUGCACCGCUGGACGAACUACAUUUUCGAAUUUGUCGCAACAUCAACGCUGCAGAUGUCUUUGCAUCGCUUCGAGAAAUUCGGGUCGCACAGUGGGAGGUUUUGAGUUCCCAAAACAACGAUAGCGAAGAGGAAGAGAAUGAGUAUGACAUCUUAAGGGUGACAUUCGAUCCCAGAAUCUCCCGAAUUUCUCUUAAGCCUCCUGCAUCCGUCGCGGCCAACAGCGUGAACGAAGAUCUUGUCUUCACUGGUGAAACCCAGCCACUGAAAGAGAUCGUCGGCAGAUCGCCCUCGCUACCUGCUUCUCUUCCCCCUUCCGCGCAGAAUUUACGUAGGAACCUGCGAGCUAUUGGUUUCAAGCCAAAGCGAACACGGUCUGAGAUGCUGGACCAAUUGGAAUCCGCUUCCCAGCAACUUAAGGGUACGACAGAAGAGCAGCAGCGCCAAGAGAUUUUCGACGACCUUACCGCAGUAGUGGAAAAGAGCCCAUCACUUUUAGAAAGAGUCUAUACUUUCGAGCCUGUGGUCUUCACGGAACUUAAACGAUUUUUGGCCGAAAAACACCCUCUGGUUCUCAAUCUUGAGGAAUCAACUAUAAGAGAGUGGGCUGAUCGGAUGGGGAUAUGUUUAAGAAGUGCUAACGAUGGCCAGCAGUAA